UUGUGUUUUAUAUAUAUAAAUGAGGGCGUGAAGUUUUGUCACAUAGAUUUGUUUAUAAGCGUCGAAUUUAUUAAUCUAGGUUUCGAGUGACAUAGAAAAAAGUGUAAAUUUGUGUUUUAAAACCUUUUAAAUUCUGAUUUAAUUAUUUACUAGUAAUGACUUCAUUGAUGAGUCAUACGUGUGGCAUACUUACAAAUGACAGUUUCAGAAUACAUUGAACUAUCUAUAAUUAAACGAUAAAAUAAUAGUUCUGUAUGAGAUUUUGUGGCAAUGCACUAACUUAAGUCCUAUCCAAACCUGCUGUUGUUUUUUUGAAAGUAGGUUAGGUCAUCUUACGUAGUGUGUGAUUGACAGUUGUGCACAUAUUGAAGGUUAUGUUCAUGUUAUUACGGGAGUGACGUUUCCUGUAAUGAACAUGCCACGCCCUUCGCUAGAUUCACAAGUAUCUCUAAGCAACGGUAGUUUUAUUAGCAAACCAGCAAGAGGAUGGUUGCAUCCAGAUCAAUUAAUAACCAAAGAAGGAAUCACUUAUGCUGUUAGGUAUAUUGGUUGCCUUGAAGUAAAUAGUUCUAUGAAGAGCUUGGAUUUUGAGACGCGGUCACAAGUGGCGAAGGAAUGUAUAAAUAGAGUGUGUGAAGCAGCUGGUUUAAAAACUGCAGACAAAAAGAGGAAGGUGGACAAGCGGGUGCUGAGGGCCAUCGGGGACCAGCCCAUCAUGGACCACGCGGGGGCCAAUGUGAACCUCAGCAUCUCCAGCCUGGGGCUGGUGCUCACGGUGCUGGAGUCGGGCCGGGUCGUCGCCAGGCACGACAUGCCCCGCAUCUCGUUCGCCUCCGGGGGAGACACGGACACGCUGGACUUCGUGGCGUACGUGGCCAAGGACGCGAAGGAGUGGCGCGCCUGCUACGUGCUGGAGUGCGGGGGCGGGCUGGCGGCGGACGUCAUCACCAGCAUCGGGCAGGCCUUCGAGCUGCGCUUCCAGCAGUUCCUCACCCACCCGGCCGUCUCCACGCCGAGCGCGGCGGCGGACCGAGAGUGCCCGGGCAGGAGCGACCGGGAGUACUACAACGACCUGCCGGGGAAGAUGCCCCCGGAGCUGGGGCCCCCGCCCGUGCCCCCCCUGCCCGUCCUGCACUCCGGGGGCCCGGGGCCUUCCUCGCGGGCGGCGGGCGACAACAAGCCGGGGAGCAACGGCGUCGUCCACCGCGGCAACGUCGACCGGCAGGCGAGAGAAGUGGUGACCAGCAACUUGAUCGACCUGAACUGCGAGGCCGCCCCCCCUCCGCCCAUACUGACCGCGCCCCCUCGCAGGGAGCAUGACUACGUCAACGACAUCAUCGUCAACAACAGGGACGUGUUCGACAUGCAGCCGUUCACCGCCGCGGUGCCGACUGCCAGCGCGUCCCAGAAGCUGCAGCUGCAGAGGGAGGUGUGGUUCCACGGCCCGGUCAGUCGGCAGGACGCGGAGGCCCUGCUCACCAAGGAUGGAGACUUCUUGGUGCGGGAAUCCCAGGGCUCGCCAGGCCAGUACGUCUUGACGGGGAUGCAGAACAACAUUAAGAAACACUUGUUGCUGGUCGACCCUGAAGGAGUGGUUCGGACCAAAGAUCGCAUGUUCGAAAGUGUGAGCCACUUAAUCAACUACCACUGUGAAAAUGAGCUGCCGAUCAUCUCGGUGGAAAGUGCGCUGGUGUUGCGGCGUCCUGUCCACAGGACACGGCAACCAUGAGAUUCACAAAACAGGGUGCUCUACAUGGAAUGGUCAUCUGUAUGCAGAUGCACACGGCACGUCAGCGAGUGUAAGGACACGUUCGUGCUGUCUGUGUUUGAAGACGACACUUCGAACCCGUAGGUAACUUGUGUUUGUGGGAGUCUUCGGCGAGCUCGCCUGCUCACAUGUGUGUGAAUAUUGGUGGCUGUUGCCACGGGUGCUGCUCGAGCUUAGGUGUUUCAGCCGACGAAUGGACGUUUCUACGUGCUCUAUCCGGUAGGCAUAGUUGAGUGUUUUUGCUGGCCGUUGCUUGCUGGGAUACUGCUAGUGUAUUCUGUGUAAAAAAAAAAAAAAAUAUUUUUUAUGUUGUUAUAUAUGUUUGGGGGGAAGAUGGGAGGGCUGUAUCCCCUUUACCACCCCAAAAUUAAAAAAAAAAAAAUGCAAAGAAUUUGAAAGUAAACGACGAGAGAAGUGGUUCUAACCCCACUCUAAAUUAAAUUUUGCCUAUGCUCGUGGUGAGAUGUGAUACAGGGAAACAGUACCUCUUGGCCUAUGCAAGUACUGGGAGUACAAAUGAGGUAGCACGUUUUAGGAACUAUAGGUUCCGCAAAAAAAAUUUUUUUUACCGUAGCUUUACUUGGAACUCCCAAGAAGUUUCAUUUGAAUCUUGCCGCAAGAGAAAAUUUUUGGCCGUUGUUACGUCUGCCUAAAGGUAAAGCCCGUAUCACGCUGUGGAAGUUUCCUUGGAAGGUUUUCCAUGGCAGCGGAUGUGGAUGGUUCUGUGGAAGAAUUAGCAUAGCGCUGGCCGUUUUCGUGGAAGUCUUUGUAAUAGGUCGUUUUCGAAUUUCUGUGGAAGGUUUCAUAGAAGGUGGAAUUUUAUCCAAUCAGAGUGAAGUGGUAGUAGGUCCCUAGUGUUAAAAACUGUUAAUUAUUUUGGAGGGAUUUAAGUUUUCUUGAUUGUUGAUUCAAAACACUAUGAACAUUUGGUCUGUUGAAGCAGUUACAACAUUAUGCGACAAUUAUGAGAAACAUCCAUGUUCAUAUAAUACAAAAAUGGUUAAUUAUCAGCACAGAAUCAUUCACACAAGCCAGGCCUACAUAUUCUACGUGUGACAGUUUCUUCCGUAGAAACAUCAUACCUGCUGCCAUGGAGUCUUGGCUAGGAGUUUUUAGCGGAUCCUGCAGAAACCAUCCAUCUGUGUAAGACAAGAUUUUAUGGUUUCAUUUUUAUUCUAAUUUCAUUUUUAAAACAGAAUAUUUCGGAUUUUGGUAUUCUUGUUUUAUUUUUAUAAAAGCUGUUUUGUAAUACUUACAACACCAAAAUAGUGGUUGAAUUUAUAGGCUGGAUUAAUCUACCUAUAAAAUAAUUUGAACUAAAUUGGUCUAAAACAAAAUAAAAAUAAAUAAGUGAAUAUUUGUGGUUUAAAAGUGAUACACAAUAAGAGAUGAACAAUAAAACUAAUUAAAUUGAAUUUCUGAUCCAUGCACUUUGGUACAAUUUUUUUGUCCCGAAAUGACAUUAGGUACUUGAAUUUCAAACAUUAAAUGAUAGCUUUUUUUAUGAUUUGAAUUAAGUUUUGGUUAAAUGCUACAUAAUUCCAUGAUGCAACUUCAAUUUUGGUGCUAUUUGGUGUAUUAACUUGAAUUUUGGUGGUAUGCUGUGUUUUUACAUGCAUUUUGGUGAUAUUUCGGAUUUAUGGCAAUCCACCAUAUAAUCUUGCCCCUAAUCAUGUGAUACGGGCUUAAGCCUUAAGGCGUUUCCUGAUUUGUCAGUCCCAAGCGAGGAGCUUGUCCUGGUUGGCCUAUCUGCUUUUCAAAAAUACAUUUUUGUUGCAGGGCUGGUUAAGUCUGAAUUCCUAUUUCAUUUUAAUUUAGACUGCUGAUAUGUUAUCAACAUUUUUGUGAGUUUAAAACUCACUAUAAAAUUGGUCAGUUGAGUACCCAAAAUGUUGCAAAUUAAAAUUGUACAACAAAAAUGAAUAUAUAUCUAGACUAUAUUUUUUUAUAAAAGAUUUUAAGGUUACUAAAUAAAUUGUUUAAAUGGCUGUUUUGAUUAAUAGAUAUCAGAUUGUAUAGGUACAUAACUAAAAAUUUAAGAUAUUUAAAGGAUUGCAAAUUUUAUAUUGGCAGCAUUGGACAAAAUAUUUUAAAUAAUUUGGCCCCAGUAAUUUUUAAGUAAAGUUUUUUGUUCAGUAAUUUGUGAUAUUGCAAUUGGUUUGUUUUGUCUCAAACUUGUAGGGUUUUUUUUUGUGCGUGUACGCACUCCUUUUCUUUUAAUUUUAUGCCAGCAGUGGUCCAAUGACUGAUAAGUAGAGUCCUACCUCAAUGAUUCAAAAAAAAUCCACAUCCGUAAGGCAUAAUUCAUAUCCACAACUUAUUUAUGUUCCAAGCUACUAAAAAAACUGAUAGAAGACACAAAAAUAUUACAUGACCUCAAACAUUAUCACUAUUAGGUAGUUUCAUUCAGUGUACAUACGGAACAUAAAAUAUUACAAACAUAAUUUUUAAAGUUCAUGAUUUACAACAUUAAUUGUGGCAAAUUAUAUAAACUUUUCAAAAUCAUGUACAGUAGAUAGUAGUAUAAUUAAUUAAAAAAUAAAUAAGAAUAAAUCCAAUUCAAAAAUAUUACAUCAAUAGCAGCAAUUGAUUCAUCAGAACUUAGGCUGAUAUAAUUAUCGGGACUGGCCACGUCUUGUCAUGUACGGCCAUUUCUAAGAUUGGUGUAUAUGGAGCAUCACUAUAUGAUACUAUGUGGCUGCCAGUUUCCUUCAGUAGCCGAGCUGAAAGUGUUCCGGAGAAGGGUUGCAUUCGAUAGGGCAAUUUCAAGCAUGUGGUUUGAUACAGAACUGUUAAUUCUGGGAAGUUCAAGACAACCCGUUAUGUGGUACAGCAUUUGUGAACAGUACAUGAACAAAAAUACAGGGGAAAAAUGUGACUAGUGGUGGUCUAGAAAAUUACAGGAUAUGAUUUUUGAAAGAGAAAUGAGAAGCUUAAUAUGCAUCCCGGUACAGAUUUAUAAAAGGUAUGCACAUAAACAUACCUAUUCAGGUGUAUUUGUUUUGCCCCCGAUACCGGCCCUUCGCCAAGAAAAUGCAGGUAUGUUGCAAUAGUACAACUGCAAUCUCUUUGGUCUUUCAUGUCACGACGGACCUAAGCUAUUGGCAUGGCCACACGUAAUCACUUGUACAAGACGUCAAUUAAAGAACCCCGCGGGGCUAUUAACACAUAAACUUGCACCGCUCACUGCUCAAACAACGCUUUGUUUGUUGAGUGUGCUUAAUGCUUCCAUUCAGAAUAUAGGAAAUUAACUGAUUUUUCGCAUACCAACAAUAUGAGUUGUUUUGCAAGUUGCAUUUUAAGUCAACGUGCAGAAAGUUUCCUGAAGGCAUUAUGUAUGAACAGACCUUAAAUAAGAACAGACACUUCCAAACAUCUAUUGCUACAAAUAAAAAAUGAAAUCCAAGCACUACUUUUCCAAUGUAUGCAAUGAAAGUUUUUUUUUUUCUUCUAAAAAUUAAAUGCUAUUAAAUCUUGUAUAUUUACAAUAAAUAAUGUGUUUCAAAUAAUGGCCUGUUUUUAGUAUUCCAGAUUGAUGUUGGCUCAACAUUAGAUUUUUUGCAUGAAAUGUGUUGCUUUAUUAUGUAUAAUGAACUAUCUUUGAUAAACGAUGUUUAAGUGAAUGGAUACUAUCUUGUUUAUUUUAACUAUAUGUAUAUAUGUAUUUUUAGAUGUAUGAUCAUAGCUGUAAUCUUUAUGUAUUGAUAUUUUCUUUGUGUAACUGACGUAUGUAUUUUGUUACUUUGGAAUGAAAUUUCAGAUGCAUGUAAUGAAAUAACUUGGAUAUCUUUGUUUAUGUUGACAAAACAAAAAUGUUUAUGUAGAUAAAAAAAUUUGUGGCAACAAGGGCUUUAAUGAGCAUGUGAAAGGUUAAUCAAAGUUUUCUUGCACACUUACAUGGGUCAAAUCAGUAUUUUCUGUAAUGCAAAUCUAUUAUCUCUUCUUCUCAUAUAUGUUAAAAAAAAAACUUAUAUUUAGCUUAAAACUAUCAAUUGCAUUAGUAUGUCAUUUUUACAUGUCUGCUUUUGGAGUGUACACAAUUUACCCAGAAAGGAAUUAUUGUGUUACUGAUAAAAAGUCCAGGAAUACAACAUAUAGAAAUGACUUCAACUAUUUUUUUUUUUUUGCCAAUUUAAAUAUGUACGUGAAAGUGACCAAAAAUUAUGAAUAAAUCCAUGACGAAAUUAGUAUGUAAUCGGUUACUUACGAAUGAGGCAUUUUAUACUUUGUUGCAAUCUUACAGAACCUGGAAUUCCUGGGUUGCUAGUUUUUUGAAUGAGCUGGUAAAGGGCUUUUGUUUCAGUAGUUAUUGUCAAUGCCUUUGGCACCACCAUAGUAAUACGACGGAGAAUUGGGCAGUAUUUGUAAUAUCCUAAUAUCUGUUGAUCUUCAAUGUAUUCUUCAUGUCUGGAAAACAACUUUAUGAUAGUCAUGCACCCAUGUUGCCAUAAAGUAUGUAUUGUACUGCAGUACCUGUUGUAGCUUGCUGUCAUGAGUGUAUAAAUAAGUUAUGUGCUCUGUUUAAUGUUAAGUAAAUAUUACCAUUUCUUGUACUUCAUUGUAAACUUAUCAGUAUCUCAUGUAUGUAUCUCUAGAAUACUAUUCGCUGUUUUGCUACUCAUUUAUCCGCUGUAUUAACCUGAUUAGAGGCAGAAGUUUUAAUUCUUAAAACCUGCUCGCAAAAACAUAUGUUGGCCUGAGAUUGUGCACCAAGAGAUCUCUUGAGUAGACUUAAAUAUAUGUUUAAAAAAAAAGUAAAAUGUUAAUAUCAUUGAUUGUCCAUAAUAUAGCAUUCAUUUUAUUUCUUGUGUGGAUUUUAUCUGUGUUUUUAGUCACAUUUAUUCAAAAUUUUGCUGUAAACUCAAUAUCUGUAUGCAAAUAUUUAUUCUCUGUCAACAAACUAAAAAAUACAUCAACAACAUUUGAUUGCAGGAUAACCACCAUAGAUGGGAAAGAAUUUAGUGACUAAAUUAGGGUGUAUUCUGUACUUCCAACUGCUUACAAGUCUGGAGAAGAAAAAAAAGCAAGUUGAAACAAAAGUUUUUGUUUAUGGUAUCUUAAGGAAUGCUCCUAUGAAUAUGUAUUUCUCAUGUUUGUAUGCCUGUCUACGUUUUAAAAUGUAGCAUAAACGUCAAUAGUGUGGUAGAUACAUUGUGCUAAAUGGAAUUUUAAGAUGUAGUAUUUUAAAGAUUUACAAUUACCAACCUGUUAUUUGUGAUUGUGUCAAAAAAAAAAACACUUCUGAUAGACAUUACGUCAAACAGACGAACAGCUGUGCAGUUGUACACCAAUACAGAUUUUGCGAAAAUAAUUUGUGUUGGUGAAGGAGUAGGAAAACAGAUGGGUGAAAAAAUUAGAUUUUGGUUUUUCAGUGCAGGGUCAACAAAAGACAGAAGUUGGCUUGUGAUUGGCUAUGAUAAUAUUAAGGUAAAUACAGUAUAUUAAUGUUUUGUCAUUAUCAGCUGUUAUUGUUUUACUGUGGUUUUGUGUAAUGUUAGUGAGACUUGUGUGUGUUUUAUUUCAAAUGAUGGCCUUAUCAAACAGGAAAUUUAAUCUGGUCAACGAAUAUUGUUUUAAGUAUGUUGCAUAACAAAUAGUGUACACAUCAGUAUUGUCUGUAACAGUAACCAAUGUUAUUUUAUAUUUUAGAACUGCGAUGAAAAGUAUUUUCUCACUACCGAUUAAUGUGAUUCUUCAUUUAAAUAAGUGAGAAGUACGAAAAUGGAUGACAUGGCUCUAAAUUGAAUGUUCUAAAUUGUUUUCUAAUUUUACCUGCCAAAAGAGAGGUGUUUUCUGCCUCCAGUAUAGUAUGAAGUGAUGUGAAGUAGUAAUUCUCUUGUAAGGGAAGAACAGGGUUAGCCCACAAGAAGGGGACAAGGCAAAGGUGUCUUAUAAAAUUUUUUUGAUAAUAAUUUUAAAAUAUGCUUUGUAUGUUUAUUUUUUUGUGUGUACAGUAAAAAUUUGUAUUAAAGUUGAUUCGAUGGAA